CUUAUCAUUCCAAGUACCUUCGUUACACUUUUGCGUUUGAUUGAUUUAGAGGACGAGGAGAUUGUAGUAGAAGUUUAAAAUUGUAUUUGUGUAGUGAUCAUAAUUCUGAUAAUGGCAAAUUCAAAUCGGGGAAAACCGAUUGUUGUUGAAAAUAUCGCAACCUUUAGGAGAAGUCAGUCACCUUUGGACGUUUUUGUCAUUCCUGAACUCUCCCAAAAAAGAAAAUUAACUGACGUGCCCUUCCUUAUAACAUUAGCAAUAUGUGUUGUGGUUUUGAUGAUAGCAAUGAUAUACACUUUAUAUUAUUCGGAUAUGAACAGAUUUACGAAUGGGUAUGACAACUGUGGUAAUGUUUGUGGUGAAAAAAAUAGUCAUGUUGAUGGGAUACCCUGUUCUGGUCAAGACAUGACGAACAAGCCAUAUCUAGUUGGCGGGAAGUGUGUUGAGAGAUGCGCUGAUGCAGACUGUAGCACCUCGGAUGUCUGGAACGAAUUCAACGAAAAGUUGGGACCUAUGGCAAUAGUUUGUUGCAUUGGACUUGGUCUUUCCAUUAUCGCAUUAUUUUGCUUUCGCUAUUUUGUGGACGUAUUUGUUUGGACUAUGCUGAUAGGUGCUGUCUUACUAAUGUGCGCACUCACAGGAUAUAUUUGGUAUUGCUACGCCAAUCAGUCAUCAGAACAAGGAAGCGGCUUAUUGAUAGGGGCUAUCAUUUUCACAUUCAUUUCGCUUAUUUUUGCAGUAUUUAUUCUAGUGCUGAAAGACAUGAUUAAACUAAUAAUCAGGUUUUACGAGGAAACCAUCAAAAUGGUAUUCGCUAUGCCUCUAAUUCUUCUAGAACCUGUCUUGACUUUUAUCUCCAUUUUUGUGAUUGUUGGAUUAUGCGUUUACACCUUUAUUUUAAUGAACCACGCUGGAAAAUUGCAAGAAACUGGUGACUCAUCCUAUCCGUAUCGUAUCAAAGCCAGUAGAUAUACUAAAGUAGCGACACGGACCUUGACAGGGCAACAAUAACGAUUAUAUACUCUAGAGAGGGCGCAAUUAUCGAAAUUCGACAUAUACCGCAUUAUUUACAUAAAAUGCGUAGCCUUGAAAAGCCUUAGAAAGUGCGUUUUGUCCCUGUUUCUACGUUUAAUCUUCACUCAAUAAAAUUGCUAAUGGGGAUGCUCAAAAGAGAUAUUCGUUAAAGGUCACGUUAGAUGAUAGAUUUAAAUCGAGAAUGUAUUUAAACAGGCAGUUUAGUUUUCCAAGGCUCGACAUUUUUUGUAAUAACGCUGUAAUUUUAAAGGUUCGUCAAAUUGUCAGUAAUUUUGAACAUACGUCAAAACUGUCAAGAUUCUCUCACUUUUGAAAAAUUGGUAAAGAGCACAGUGAUUCUAGCGUUCAUCUGUAGUUUUACUGUGGUUAUUGGUUAUGAACAGAUUUCAUGGAACUUUCAAACCUGUGCUUAAAUCACGUAAAUAAUAAAUCGACACCAAAAACAUUAAACAAAAGGGCCUCCAGACUGUUCAAAGUCGUCCACAUUACGAAGCAGGUCUGUGUGAGAAUACUGGAAACUCAUUCAAACAAAAAUUGUUUCAGAAACAUAAAGUGUUAGGUACCAACUUGAAAGAGAAAUUUCUAAGAUACCAAAUUUUCAAUAAGUAUUUCAGGUAGAUUUAAACAAUACUUCCUUGAAAAUUCAUUCUAAAUUAUUAGAUUCUGUCCUAAUGGGAAAGAAUUUAAGACCGCUCUGCUUACACUGACCUUCGUUUCACAAAAUUUAAUGCAUCUAAAUCUGGGAAUUGUAGCGAAUCGAAGUUUGAUGGACUUUUUAUAGCCACUUAUUUAUAGCAACUAUGUUAUACAACAUUUAAAUAAUAAAGAGAAAUUCAGGUUGUAUUAUUUCUAUUUCUUAGGUAAUAUCGAGGUGUAAACCGUACCUCAAAUGGUUUCCUGUAAUUUCAUCAUGAUUCCUUCUGAUUUUCCCUAAAUUUUUAAAGUGAUUUCCUUAAAAUUUCUUUAUUUACUUAAUUUUGUACACUGAUUUCUUCUGCGGUUUACCUCUCGGGUAAUAUUGAAAACAUUUACUUUUCUUAUUGCGAAAAAUGUCUUGGUUUCAUAGCAGUUGUUUAUAGUGUUGAGGGAAAAAAUUAAAUUUAAUUAAAAAAAAAUAAAUCGACCAAUUUAAAAUCUUGGAGUAAUUAAAUACGAUAAACUGUAAAAACACUUAGAGAGGAGUUUAUUAAAAUUAGAAAUGUAAGUAUCACAAUUUUUUGAGAUCAAACAACUAUUAUUUUGGAACGUGUUUUUGGCUUUUUCGUUAAAUACAUAGUUCAAAUUCUUUAAAGGAAUGAAUUCACUGUUGAAGCGCCAGCACCUUCUUCGAAAUGUCCAUAAGAGUUGCUGUACUCUGCGCAUUCUAAAAGCCUUUCUCAUUGCAAUGUUCAGUUGAAUUUAGGGACGAUCUGAUUUAUUUUUACGUGAGUGAAGCACAAGUUUGAAAGUUUCAUGGUAUCUGUACACAUAAACUGUAAUAACCAGGGUGAAAUUAUAGACGAUCACCGAAUUUAUUGUUCUGAUUCACCAAUUUUUCAAACGUGAAAAAAUCUUGACAUUUUUGACGUACGUUUUUGAAUUUUGAUGGUGGAGCCAUCUGUAGAGUGUAUAAUCGUUAUUGUUGCCCUGUCAAGGUCCGUGUCGCUACUUUAGUAUAUCUACUGGCUUUGUAUCGUAUGAGCCGGUAUGACUAUAUUCCAGAUGGUGGUAUGAUUUUUGCCAUGGUAUUUGCCUGGCUUAUGAUGUUAUGGAUGGUGCAGUUUGUACUAGCGUGCCAACAUAUGGUUAUUUCAGGUGCAGUGGCUAGCUAUUAUUUUGCACGAGACAAAUUUGCCUUGGUAUCGCCGAUCUACAGCAGUUUUUACAACUUAAUUCGGUACCAUCUUGGUACCGUUGCAUUUGGUUCUUUGAUUAUAACUGCCAUUAACAUCCUCAAAAUAAUUCUUCGAGCAUCUGCGCGAGAAAAUGCUUUCAUGCGAAUAAUUUACGUUUGCUGUUUUAGACCACUUGAAGAUUUAGUCAAAUACAUGACCUCGAUGGGAUAUAUCGUUUCAGCUAUUCAUGGCCAACCUCUGUGCAGAUCGAGUGUCCGUGCUGUGAAUUUAAUCAUUAGCAAUUUAUUGAGUUCUGUGGCGAUGAAUUCGAUAGGAAAUUUUGUGUUUUUCAUGGUAAAAUUGCUUGUGGUUGCUAUCACUGCAAUUAUUGGUUAUUUUAUGUUGGAUUCCGUCCUACCUGUUGUAAUUGGAGCUGUGUUUGCGUUUUUGUGCAUUCACUGUAUCUUCGUUGUUUUCGAGAUUGCUGUAGAUGCAGUAUUCAUCUGUUAUUGUGAAGAUAACUGCCUUAAUAAUGGUACAACUGAACCAUUUUAUGCAACUGUGGAGUUUUACCAGCAGGUGAAGAAGGCGCAAGCCGUGACGAAAAGUAUUGAAGCAAAGAAGAAAAAGAAAUGAAAUAACUUAUCAAGUGUUUGAAUUAAAUAAACGUAAACUGUUUGUUAAAUAUUUAUUCAUUAGGUGUAACUACACCCUGUAAACUACUAUGUCCUUAUAAUUCAUGUAAAAAUGAAAAAUACGCUUAAUACAUA